UACAAGGCAUACCGCAAAAGCCAUUUUAUUUCCACCAUGCGGGUACUUUUUGUUAUGUGCAGCAUCUACCUGAUAGGUGCUGUGGUCAGUGAAACACCUAAUCGUGACUCUCCUAUUAGAUCGCCCUCGUCAAGAUCUCCUUCAAAGCUCGACUCAAAAUCUACAAAACGCUCUCUUUCUUCAAAGAACAGCAACCGCUUCAUGUCAGUGGUGUCGGGAGUGUCGAAUGGAAUGAGAUCUCUUUCAAAAAGUAAGAGAUGGUUCAGCUUUAGUUCGUUCAAAGAAAAUCCUUCGGGAGUCGUUCGAAAAGCACUAAGAGGUGACCAUUUGGAUAGAAGUCCAAGUCAAAUGAGUUUUUCCUCAGAUAUCUCCCAGGGAUCGUCUCCCAGUCGUGCUGAAACACAGCGUCAGUUUUUGCGCACCGCCUACUCUGAAUUUACCAAAGAAUGCAACGAGAAAUGCUCAUUACAAUGGGGUUACCAUUAUCAAUCUGACCAUGAAUCAUACGAAGAUCUGGUGUUUACGGAAGGAACAGUAAUUCCCAUUACGAAAGGAACAACAGUCAAAACAUCCCAGGUUAGAUCAGGUUUGACCGGUCUGCUCCAAUCUGCUGGAGAGGUGACGCAUUUAAUGAAACCUGCAUACACGUGUCUCUGCAUGACAACGAGUUCAUUCCAAGCCGUCCUCCGAACUGCGUUAAAGAAAUCUCCUGAUGAAUUUGAAAAAUCGAGGAAAGCAGUGAAAAAGGAUCCUGAGGGGGCGAGCAAAGUCCUGGACAAGAUAUACCCUGAGGGUAAGAAAGGAACAAAUUUCCAACACGUUGAUCAUGAAACUCUGGUCAGAGUAAUUGUAGACGAGAUGUCAGCUCAUAUUCAGGAUUCUGAAUUCCACGACUCGGACUUCGAGGAGCGUAUCGCUAAAUUGGGCUGGUGUGACGCGGACAUCGAUCACGGCUUCAAGCGGUCCUCUUCAAGAACUCCACCUCCUUCCCCGCCCCGCUCUCUUUAAACCAUAAGAGCUCCUCCACCGAUGACUUUUCAGCGGAAACUUAAAGAAGAGUCAACUAAAAGUAAAAUUCUUAUUAUCAUAUAUAUUCGUCAAAAGAAAAAGAAAUGGAAUAAUUUGCGCAUUAAAUAUCAAAGUACCCCAUGUAAAGUAGAAUUCUACCUUACUCACCCUUAAAAAAAAAAAAAAAAAAAAAAAAUCGAGUUAGUAGGAUUUCAUAUAGCGUAUACACGUGGAAGCCAGAAUGUUCCUUACCAUAUUUCAUUUUGACUGGUUUUCCUCGUGUUUUGAAAUGUACUACAGGAAACUAAAACUGGUACACCUUGGAACUUAAUGCACUCACAAAAUUUAACACCAGAAUGUUGCUUUCUUCUGUGUCAAUAACCGUAAUGGAGCACUAGACAAGGUACGAAUUUCAGCAUUCUGAUUCAUGUUUCUUAACCAAAA